AUGGCUUCUCUGCUGUUGAGGUCGUCCUCAUGCAUCGUUAGACGGUCAAUUUCAGCCGCAUCUGUGAGAUGUGCUAGCGGUCCACCGUCAAAACCAGAAGACAUACACAAGGGGAAAGUUUUCUCUGAUCAAGUGGGGCUUCCUGAUGCUUUUGGUCAUUCUGUUGGGCAUGAGCGUGAAGAGCUUCUAGCUAGGGCAGCCGGAGAUGAGGAUCCAUAUUUAAUGAACGUCAUAAAAAGAGCCAAAGGAACUUUCCAGGAGCCAACAAUUAUUACCUCUAGUUUUAACAAAAGAAUGGUUGGCUGCAUAUGUGAGGAGGAUGCCCUGAGCAUCAACUGGAUGACUGUCUACAGAGGAGAGCCCAAGCGCUGUGAAUGUGGCUAUUGGUUCAAGCUGGCCGACAGCCCUGCUGGACAAGGACAUGGGCAUCACUAG